AUGGAAAUUUUGUUUGCAGGACGGAUUGCACUCAAUACCGAAUUUUUUGAAAAAAACGACAACACGGAUCGUGUAAGUGCUUGUAAAUAUUAAAAUAUAUUUUUACGGAUAACAAAAUAUCUAUUCCAGGAUUCGCAAGGGAUCGUCAGUGAGCGAAUCAAUCAUCUGUCCAAUGUGCCAGUCGGUUUCACUCUUAUUGGCGGAAAGAUGGAGGAGUUCAAGCACGGACACGAGGCGUUCAGAGGACAACCGUUGAGACAAGUACGGUCCCUUAUAGUUCCUAUUUAUGUACUAUGUACAGUUCUUUUGCAGUUCUUAAUCGUCUGGUUGGAGCAGGAAAUCGAGGAUCGUCAGUUCGAAGAAAUGAAUUUUGUCGAUUUGAUAGACGAAGAUCUAAUGUCCUACUUCACGAAGAACUAA